CCAGACCUCUCCAUGAUGGCUUGCUCAACAAACUUGGAUUUAGAAACCUUGCUUGGAAACUCAAUCCAACCCAUUGGAUUCACAGCAAAUUUGGAACACAGAAAGCUGGUUGGUUUCACAACAGCUUCUGGAGUCAUCUGGCUAUUUACCACAAGGGAAGGAAAGAAGAAGGCACCAAGUUUCUCUUUGCUUCCCGUUGUAGCCUGUGAGGAUAUUCUCUCCUAUUGUAAGGGAACCUUUGUCCAUUUUUCUGGAACCAAACCAGACAGUUAUAGAGGUGCAGAUGACAGACUCAAUCAUUGCUCUGUAGAACUGGAUCAGCAGCUCCUUGGGCAGUUUCUUACAUGGCAAGAAAGUUAUCAGAAGUUGCUCCAGGGCGAAGGUUGCCGGACCGUUCCUCUUUCGGGCCAUGUCGGAUUCGAUAGCUUGCCUGACCAGCUGGUUAACAAAUCAGUUAACCAUGGUUUCUGUUUCAACAUCCUCUGUGUGGGAGAAACAGGUCUCGGGAAGUCAACGUUGAUGGAUACGCUCUUCAACACCAAGUUUGAAGGAGACCCAGCUUCUCAUUCCCAGCCGGGAGUUCAGCUGAAAUCCAGUUCCUACGACUUGCAGGAAAGCAAUGUUCAUCUGAAGCUGACUAUUGUCAGCACGGUGGGCUUUGGCGAUCAGAUUAACAAAGAGGACAGCUAUAAACCCAUUGUGGAAUUCAUCGAUACCCAAUUUGAAGCCUACCUUCAAGAGGAGUUGAAAAUUAAGCGGGUGCUGCAUAAUUACCACGAUUCCAGGGUCCACGCUUGCUUGUACUUCAUCGCUCCCACGGGACAUUCUUUGAAAUCCUUGGACUUGGUCACCAUGAAGAAACUGGACAGUAAGGUGAAUAUCAUUCCUAUUAUUGCCAAAUCCGACGCCAUCUCCAAGAGCGAGCUGACCAAAUUCAAAAUUAAGAUCACCAGUGAACUCGUGAGCAACGGAGUGCAAAUCUACCAAUUCCCUACCGACGAUGAGUCCGUGUCAGAAAUCAACGGAACCAUGAAUGCUCAUUUACCUUUUGCCAUCAUUGGCAGCACAGAAGAAAUCAAGAUAGGAAAUAAAAUGAUGAAGGCACGUCAAUAUCCAUGGGGGAUAGUGCAAGUGGAAAACGAAACUCACUGUGACUUUGUGAAACUGAGAGAGAUGCUGAUCCGGGUAAACAUGGAAGAUCUUCGCGAACAAACCCACACGCGCCAUUAUGAGUUAUACCGACGGUGUAAACUGGAAGAAAUGGGAUUUAAGGACACGGAUCCUGACAGCAAGCCUUUCAGUUUACAAGAAACCUAUGAGGCCAAAAGGAAUGAAUUUCUUGGAGAACUUCAGAAGAAAGAAGAGGAAAUGAGACAGAUGUUUGUCCAGAGGGUGAAAGAGAAGGAAGCGGAGCUGAAAGAGGCUGAAAAAGAGCUCCACGAGAAAUUCGAUCGUCUGAAGAAGCUGCACCAGGAUGAGAAGAAGAAGCUGGAGGACAAGAAGAAAUCCUUGGACGAUGAAGUCAACGCGUUUAAGCAGAGGAAGACAGCAGCUGAAUUGCUUCAGUCUCAGGCUCAGCAGGCAGGAGGUUCACAGACACUGAAAAGGGAAAAGGAGAGAAAAAAUAAUCCUUGGCUAUGUACUGAGUAGUUCCCCCCUGAAUAUACUGAGCUGGGAUGUCGACCUUCACUUAUUUAUUGCUCUCUCGUUCAGCUAUGGUCAUCUCAUGGGCUUUCCAGAACGCCAUUUUAUACUCUACGGCGCAAACAGUUUACAUGAUCUUUAUUUGCUGUUUCGGUUGUAUCGUGGAGCGUGCCUGACGUAAAAGACCGAUAUUGCAGCUUUUUUUUUUUUGUACAUUGUGGAUUGUUUAGGAUGCCCACUGUAGGUCGCCUUACAAACCAGCCCACCUAUCGUCAGCAAAAGUCUUUGCUAGGUUGAUGUUGUAUUUUGAAAUGCCCAUCUGCAGGGAAUGGGGUGAUGAAUAUGUGGUGCUAUUGACAUAGGCCUAUCAUCAAAAUAUAAAUAUUUUGAUUUAUAAAUAAAUAAAAAAUAUAGGGACGCAGGGGCUAAAAUGCUGAGCUUGUCGAUCGAAAAGUCAGCAGUUCAGCAGUUCGAAUCCCUAGUGCCGCGUAAUGGAGUGAGCUCCCGUGACUUGUCCCAGCUUCUGCCAACCUAGCAGUUUGAAAGCACAUAAAAAUGCAAGUAGAAAAAUAAGGACCACCUUUGGUGGGAAGGUAACAGCGUUCCGUGCGCCUUCGGAGUUGAGUCAUGUCGGCCACAUGACCACGGAGACAUCUUCGGACAGCGCUGGCUCUUCAGCUUUGAAAGGGAGAUGAGUACCGUCCUCUAGAGUCAGGAACGACUAGCACAUAUGUGCGAAGGGAACCUUUUACCUUUACUAUCAUCAAAAUCUCGUUGAGUGGCGAAUAAUGGGAAAAAAUUGUUUGCAGUAUCUGGAUACACAUGCCCUUUAUUGUAAAAGUUGUGUUAUUUCCCACUGCUGCCCUUUAUUCAUUUAUUUGUAGGUGGGAGCAGGAAUCACAUGAAUAAAGCCAUUUUAAUGAGUCGCGGGGGUUUAUAAACAGUUUUUAAUUAGAUGAUGGGCAUACAUUCCUUUAGGGGCAGUGUAGUUGCUCAACAGUUAAGGGAUUGAGCUUGUCAGCUGAAGAGCUGUCAAACCGGGUUCGAGACCCCGGCACCACACGACGGGGUGAGCUCCCGUCCUCAUCCCAGCUUCUCCCAACCUAGCAGUUCGAAAGCAUGCAAAUGCGAGUAGAUAAACAGGUACCACUUUGGUGGGAAAGUAACAGCACUCCGUGAUGUCAUGCUGGCCACAUCACCACAGAAACGUCUUCAGACAGUGCUGGCUUGAAAGGGAGAUGAGCACCCUAAAGUCGGUCAACGACUAGCGGAGUAAAAUCCACAAGGGACUCCGUACACCUCUUUGCUCAGAGCUCUUCCAUUGCCCCAAACAUGAAAACGAGGAGGAGAUGAGACCAACGAAAUUUAAGAUCCAAUUCUGGAUUUCUAAGUUAACAUGUGGGUUCCUGUAAAAUAAAAUCGUUCAUGUUCCUGAACUUUUUCCAGCAGCAAGCAAAAGAUGAGUUGCCUGUAGCUUCUUCGCCGUUGGGAAGAAAGACAUGUUCUAAAUAUAUUACAGAUUGUGAUUUUGUUUUAGAUGAUGACCAAUUUAAGAACAGGGAAAAUAGUUAAGUCUUGCUUAUAUUUCUGACUCUGCUACUCGCACCACGGGGUAAAAAUAACAUGGAAGAAUCGUAUAUAUUGUAGGGUCCUUGGUGCUCUCUGAGAUUGGUGGGAGGUUUUUGUGCAGAUGUUUCAUGACCCAACAUCAUCUGAUGUUACCUAGUUGGGUCAUGAAAAGUCUGCAAGAAAACCGCCAAGCUCAGAGACCACCAAGGACCCCUCACUCAACCCUGAGCUCCAAAUAUCCUCUUCUAUUGAUAUCUCAUAUACUGAUACAACUUUUUCCCCAGGUUGAAUGUUGACGGUCGAGAAUUUUUUAUUAAUUUUAUUUAUAAAUGAAUUGAGGUUCAGUUUGAACUGUGCCCAUAUCCUCUGGGGUUUUUUUGUUUUUUUAAAUGAUCCUUUAGCCUACUCCAACUUGCUUCUCCAUUAACGUGAAAGAUUUCAGGCCCCAUCAUUGCCAGCUAUAAGGGCCUUUUCCCACAGGGAUGUGGAGUAUGGGUUGUAAGAGUGGUGCGGUGGCCUAGAGGUGGAGCUCUCGCCUCACAAUCAGGCGGCUGUGAGUUCGAUCCUAGGUAGAGGCAGAUAUUUCUCUCUCUGGGCACCGUGAGAAUAUUAUCUGCUGAACAAAACUCCGCAUUGGUGACAGGCAAGGCAUCCGGCCAGUAAACACUCUGCUAGCUCCAUUCAGUGGCCCAGACUCCACCCCGCAAGGGAUUAUGGGGUCGUUAAACGAAAAUGAUGAUGUGGAGUAUGGGUUUUGAAGUUUAGAAUGACUGAAAGAUACCAGCUUAAAGAUGGAUGGUAUCGAAUAUCAAUUAACUGAAGUUCUGAAUGAUUUCCUACCUUGCUUAACCUCCUGUAAUCACUGCAGGGAGUUUAUUAUCCUAUCUUAGAGUUUAAAUUGGGGUUGCCCCUUCUAAGUUUUUGUUCCUUUUCCAAAAAGCACAUAAUGCAAGGAGGAGAUAUUUUAGAAUAGGGCGGGGAGCCAAAUUUAAAUCUUUUUCCUGCAGAACUAGGGUAAAGCUUCCAUCCCCGAGGGGCAAAAUAUCCCCAAAUUUCCAAAUGUUGGGUAUCAACCACAGAGAGCUCAUUCAGCGAGUCUUCCUCUGUAAUUCUGCCUCGCUUUUCUUCGGAAUGUUUGCAUUUGAUUUGAAAUCUAUAUGUGUUUGUAUUGUGCCUUCCUGCGUUUUUUUCCACCCCCCCAAGAACCGUCUGCAGUCUUAUCUACUAAAAUGUGCACUCUACCAGGUAGUCCUCCUUUAGCGGCUGCCUCAUUUAAGCAACCGCAGUGACAACGGUGAAGAGAAAAUACCUUUGCAACCCAUCCUCGCGUUUACGACUUUCGCAGAUCUGCAAACGGGUGGGCUGCUGGGGGUUCGCAGGGGUUCGGGAGAACCUCUAGUAAGAUUCUGUGCAGUUUGGAGAACCCCCAAAUCCCACUCCUGGCUGGCCCCGCCCACCCCUCCCCUCCCAGGAGUCCCCACGCGGCCUGUUUUGGAUGCAGGUAAGUACAGGGUGCGCGUGGAGGCUCGGGGAGGGCAAAAAACACGCCUACCGGAAGUUCGGGAAGUCCGGAAACGGGCCCAUUUCUGGCCUCCAGAGGGCCUCCGGAGCCUGGGGAGGCCGUUUUCACCCUCCCAGAAGCUCGAGAAAAGCCUCCGGAGCCCAGGGAGGGCAACCCCGACUCCACCCCCGCCAUAGUGCAGGAGGCUGAGUUGGCCACGCCCACCAUGGCCACGCCCAUCCAGCAACCAGGCAGAGAACCCCUUGCUAAAAUUUUUGAAGCCCACCCCUGUAUGCAAAGCAAAGGAAAUCUGAUGAUCAGCAUCGUCGCAGUUUUCACUUAGCCCUCGCUUCGUUUAAUGACCGAGUCGCCGGUCCCAAUUUUGGUCGCUAAACAAGGACUAUCUGAUAUUUAAUGUGGGUGUCCUCUUUUGACGGUGUUUUGCUGCUUGAGUUCCUAACAGGGCAGCGAAAAACAAUAGAUUAAAAAACCUGUUGUGGUUUUUUUUCUCCUUCUUUCCAUUCGAUUGUGUUCCUCAGUUGUCCAUCAUCUGCUUUGCCUUCGAUUGCCUCUUUUUAUCCCUCUGCCGUUGAACUGACAAAAUCUUUCUUUCUUUUUUUCUCUUUUCUCUCUUUCCCUCUGUAGCUUUUUCUAACCUGUCUCCACCUGCUGCAUUUUCUCUGAGAAGACGUCUACUUGAGCGAACGUAGGGAUACCCAUCCUGCUUGGGAAGGGAGGGGCAGACCGGAAUAAAUAAAAAGAAAUUUUAGCCUGGAACAAAAAAUGAAAAACAUUUGGGUUUGUUGUUCUCCCACUCCUGUUUUUCCAUGUUUGUGUGUGGGGUGGGGUGGGGUGUUUGGGAUUUUAUUUUCUUUUUUUUUUUCCAGCUGGGGUAUCUUGUACUUUGUGAGACAAGAUGGAAAAAUAAUGGGAAAGACGAGACAUUUUCUACAGCCUCCCCCAAAUAUUGCAGUCCAAAUUCAUGAGGUGGCUACUUCACACUGAGACAGGACUUAUUGUGGUUUAUGGUUAUUGUUAAUCCCUUCCUAGUUUUGCCUGUCAUGUUCAUGUUUUUUCGAGUAGUGGAGGUUGGGGGGAUAAAAAUUGUCCUAUUCCUUCAUGGGUUGGUGUGGAUAAAAAAAUUAUGCAACGAACAACACACAGGAAAAAACAAAAAAAAAGACUUUUGCUACCUCUGAGGAAUAUUUACUUUGAACGCUGAGUAAAAGGACAGCCAAGGAGUUAAAGAGGGGAAAUUCUAUUUUUCGGUGGGGAGGUGGGGAGGAAAGCCUUAGCUAACCUGCCAUUUCAGUUUUAAAAAGUAACAAAUAUUUCCUAAUUAAAAUAAAUAAAUAAAUUCGCUAAAUGUUGUUUCUAUUCAGCCUAUUGCAUUUGAGAACGGAAAAGUUCAUGGUUUAAAAAUCUCUCCUCCUGGAUCCAGCUUCUUGUCCCGUAGAAACGAUUCCUUCUGCUGUCUUUGCAAGAAUUCUUAAAAUGCACAAAGAAGCCUUAAGCAUUUAAAGGAGAGAAAGAGAGAUGUAUUGUAUAAAGACCUAAGUAGUAUUAUUGUUGUAGAAUUAAUUAAUCCCCAAAGUUCUAACCCCUUUAAAACCUUUCCGAAGGGAGGGGGGAAAAAAACAGAUGCUUCUAUAUUAAAGGUGGCGAGGGAAAAAUAAAUUGUAAAUGCAUCCUCUUGUUUUUCAAAGUUAUCGUUGCAAGUCACGUGUCACGGCCCUUAAAAAUGUACCUUAACGGAGAAUUUUUGGGAUUGUGUUUGGAACCAUUCACUGCAUGGCGUGGUUCCCAAGUAUUCGUUUUUUCCUGUCUCUUCUUUUUUUUAAAAGACCUUUUGUUAUGAACAGUUGUGAUUGGACAGCUGCACUCGAUAUAUAUAUAUAUAUAUAUAUAUUUACAUGAUCCACGUGAGCGAACCAGCACUGUUGGACUUAAUACCUUUCUAAUGUUGUCAAUUUUCAAUAAAAACUUACCCUCCCGAAAGAAAA